CCAUCUCUCUUUCUUACAGUGGCAGAUUUCCGAGGAAUCUCCAAGAUUUCAACAUGGGUAUUCUGUGGUCAUCUCUGUCAUUCAUUUUCUUCUCCAUAUUGCUCGGUUGCUACUUCCUGGGGAGAGCCCGAGGGAGACAGAAAGUCCGAACAAACCCUCAGGUUUUCCGGGUUCCUGUGCUUCCACCUGGCUCAGCCCCUUCUGCUUCUCCUCCUUUGCCGCAUUUCAAGCCCAACAACUCUGCAAAAGUACAAGCAUCAAAGCCUGCCUUCUGAUUCUUUCAUUCUUUAGUUUCCUCCUCUGGGUUUGUUGAGAAAAGUGAUUGUGUUUGCGUGUGCCACUGAUACUUCAUCUC